GUGUCUCAUCCUCCUCCUGCAUCAGUAGCGCUGCUGCUCAUCCUCCGGAUUCUUUCUUUCCCCUCUUCAUUAUUCUCAGACCUGCCUCUGUGCAUUUGAUCACGCGAGCUCAAUUAAGCUUCGUCUUCGGAUUUAUCUCCUUCCUUUGUGCAAACUGAGACGGAGAUGGCUGGAGGUAUUAUUCAACAGUUAUUGAGGAGAAAACUCCAGUCUCAAUCUACUUCCUCUUCCUUGGUAUCAUCCAUCAUCACGAAAAAAGAUGAUGCUGGCUCUACUGGCAGCAGGUCCUUGAGAGCACUUGCAUUAAUUGGAGCCAGCGUCUCAGGGUUUUUGAGUUUUGCUACAACAGCUUCAGCUGAUGAGGCUGAGCAUGGCCUGGAUUGUCCAAGCUAUCCAUGGCCUCACAAGGGCAUCCUCAGUUCAUAUGAUCAUGCUUCGAUACGUCGUGGUCAUCAAGUUUAUACACAAGUCUGUGCUUCCUGCCAUUCUAUGUCUUUGAUAUCAUACCGUGAUUUGGUUGGUGUUGCUUAUACAGAAGAAGAGGUAAAGGCUAUGGCAGCUGAGAUUGAAGUGGUUGAUGGCCCUAAUGAUGAGGGUGAGAUGUUUACACGCCCUGGUAAACUCAGCGAUCGCUUUCCUCAGCCAUAUGCAAAUGAAGCAGCUGCUAGGUUUGCUAAUGGUGGGGCUUAUCCUCCAGAUCUUAGUCUCAUAACCAAAGCCCGCCACAAUGGUCAAAAUUAUGUGUUUUCCCUUCUUACUGGUUAUCGUGAUCCUCCUGCUGGUGUUUCGAUUAGAGAGGGAUUACAUUAUAAUCCUUAUUUUCCUGGUGGAGCAAUUGCCAUGCCUAAAAUGCUUAAUGAUGGUGCUGUUGAAUAUGAAGAUGGUACUCCUGCCACAGAGUCCCAGAUGGGAAAAGAUGUCGUGACAUUCCUUGCUUGGGCUGCUGAACCUGAAAUGGAAGAGAGAAAACUGAUGGGUUUCAAAUGGAUUUUUGUACUGUCGUUGGCACUUCUUCAGGCCGCCUAUUUCCGUCGAUUGAGGUGGUCAGUUCUGAAGUCUCGCAAGCUGGUCCUUGAUGUUGUCAACUAGCUGGCCUCAACUUUCGUUUUCGCUUCAGAAGGGAUUUCUGUUGGCAAUAAUUUUGUCAGAUCAUUAUGUUGUCCCAUCAUGUGUUAUUCGUUAUGUUGUCCCAUCAUGUGUUAUUCGUUCAAUACAAUUAGAGGGUAAUGGAGCAUCCAGAACCGGAAGAGUGUUAGAUGUUUGUUGGACAGUAAUAAGCUGUGAAAACUUACAUGUUGCAAGACCCUACUCGAGUUUUUCUUUCCGCUUACCUCGUGUUACUCUGCUGGAGCAUCAACUCAGUUUGAUUCAUUCUCUAUAAUUAGCCUGAUAUGGCGGCAAGUGACGUCUAUUUUAAGGUAAAAGAAUGAUAUACAAUAGGGUUGAUGUGGCCUACAUGGAAACAAUGGUCCUUUCUCUGCCUCAACAUCAUGCGAAUCUCGUACUCUUGCAUUUUUCCUUGACCAUUAUUUAUACUCUAUUAUACUCUGUCAUCUCACGUAGUUUUUGGCUGUUGCAGCAUUUUUCUUGGUGCUUGAUGUUUGAACGCAAUGUGGGCCUAGUUUGCAACUCAAAAUUCUUUUCCUUACUUGAGCCGUUCUGUUACUUUUUUCAAACGUUAUGUGAGGGUACGCAAGAAUUUGUGUGAAUGUUGACAAAUAUAUAUAAUAUUAAAGGUUAAUAUUUUUCUGGUUUUAAAUAUAAGACCUACUUGUGGUAAAAUUACAAUUACAUUACAAAGUUUAGGAUUGGAAGAGUAUAA